AUGACGGCCGCGCGGUCCCAGCGCGAGGCCGCGCCGCCGGGGCUGAUCAACGGGAUGCUGGGCGGCAACUUUGCUGCGAUGGAGGGCCUCGGGGAUGCAGUGAUGAGGCCCUUCCUGCAGGACGUGCUCCAAUUCGGCCCCCUGGUCAAGACCAUGACCGGGCAGAUGGUGCGAGACCCAGCCAUUGUCCCCCAGCUAAUCGCCCACAUAGGCCUGGGCCCCCUCAUCCAGUGGACCGGCCACGUCGCGGCGCUCGGCGUCUACUCGGGUCUCCACGCCGCCGCCGCGCCCGCGCUGGCGGCGUCGGUGCUGCCGCGGCUGGCGCCGCGCGAGGCGUACCGGCUGCGGCGGCGGAUGGAGGCGUGGGAGUUUGGCAGCGGCGGGGACUACAAGAUGUGA